AUGAAUAAUCAGGUGGUUGAUAUGGACAUCGACGCUACCCGGAAGCAGGCGUUCCACCAGUUCGAGGAAACUCGAAGAGACGCCUGGGUACGACAGGGAGAGGAAACCGCGCGGUUGAUUUGGAAGGAGAAGACUACGCACCCGCUAUGGGAAACCAAGUGGGAAUAUAUCGAGGAAUGGAGACAGAGGACGUUCCUCGCAACGACCAGCGGAUACCACAACCUGGUCCUUCGAUGGAACGUCCUCACUCUGCCCCAUCCGGACGACCCCAAACGAACCAUGGGCAACGCGCUAUGUUACCUAACGAACGACGGGGAGACGGAAGCGUCAGUCAUUCUGCUCGAAUCGGAGCAGUGCUCGGAGAACUAG